UCCAGGUUCAAAUUUUGGAAAAGCGAGGUCUACAGUACUUCAGAUUUGUCUUAUUGACACAUUUACAUGACAUAUAUCCCCAUAAAUCAAGUUUGAGCAAUGUCAUUAGGCGGCUCUUGUAAAAUAUUGGGGAUCUGUGUAUAAACAUAUUUAUGCUUUUAUUUCUUGUUAGUUGAGUAAAAAGUAAAUCAAAGAGCCAUGCAAAAGGAUCAUGGCAGUGCCACAGCAGUGCCCACUGGACGGCUUCGGCACCGUAGACGCUCAAAUGAGGUUACUCCUGAGGUUGGCAAAGAAAAUGGAAGCCAUUUACUUCUUAAUGAUCAAAACAAAUACAGAUCAAUGUUGACUCGCAUAUAUUCAUCUAUUUGGAUGAUUGGGGGCUUUAUAUUCAUAAUAUACAUGGGCCAUCUCUAUAUUUGGGCCAUGGUCGUGGUUAUCCAAAUUUUUAUGAUAAAAGAGUUGUUCAAUCUACUCAGGAAAGGACACGAAGAAAGGGACCUCCCAGGAUUUAGGUUGUUGAAUUGGCAUUUUUUCUUAACUGCUAUGCUGUUUGUAUAUGGCCGCAUUCUCAACCAAAGGCUUGCCAACACUAUUACUUCUGAGAAAUUCUUCUAUCAUCUUGUGAGCGGCUUUAUCAAGUAUCACAUGGUUACCUGUUAUUUCUUGUAUAUUGCAGGCUUUAUGUGGUUCAUUCUUACACUAAAGAAGAAGAUGUACAAGUAUCAAUUUGGCCAAUAUGCAUGGACACACAUGAUUCUAAUUGUGGUGUUCACACAAUCCUCCUUCACCGUAGCCAACAUUUUUGAAGGAAUUUUCUGGUUCCUUCUUCCAGCAUCACUUAUUGUUAUCAAUGAUAUUGCUGCUUAUUUCUUCGGAUUCUUCUUUGGAAGAACCCCUUUGAUCAAGUUAUCUCCAAAGAAAACUUGGGAGGGUUUCAUUGGGGCAUCUGUUACAACUAUUAUCUCUGCAUUUGUGGUGAGCAGUUUUUUCUUCUUUUUUUUUUUUUGUGUGUGUGUGUUUUGAAGUUAGCAAUGAGAAGCACUUUACUUUCGAACAUACACAUUGAUUAUUGAGUUGAAUUAGAAGGUACAUUACUGGUGAGUAGAUCUAGAUUUACAGUAUGAUUGUGACUUUCCAUUGGGUUCCAACUCCGACCUGAUAAAACCUCAAGAAAAAUGUACAAGCAUUAAGACUGCACAAAAGAAUUUUGAAAAGAAAUUCCUACAUCAUUCAAUUACCAAUAUUACUUCACUAAAAAUAAUAUUCACUUUAUGCAUGCAUAGGAAACAAGAUGCAGCAGAUUCAUC